UGAAAAGAGAUAGUUUGAGAGAGGAGAUCAUCUGGCCCAUAAUUAUUUGGUUGGUUGUACUGUAGGUGUCUGGUUGAAGGAUCUCUCCCAGUCCUUUCUUGUACGGAAGCCUAGUGUGUGAGCUUCAAUAAGAUGACUGAGCAGCAUGUUUCAGACUCCUACAAUACUAAAUGUAAGGACAUUACUCUUGUUGUUAGUCUUAAAUGCAGGUCUCUGUACUUUACAGUUCUGUCACCUGGUUCAUGUUUCACGGUUAACCUUGAAGUCUAAGAGGUCUUUGUCAGUUUUCUGAGAUUCUAAAAACUCGAAACAAGCCCAGUCAAAAGAGAAGGCCAAACAUAUUUGAUUAUUUUAACCUCUCAGUCUAGCGUUUAAUUCCAUACUUCAUGAUGUCGAUGUUAUUGAAGUUUCAAAUCUUAAAGGUCCCCUUUUCAGGCCUUUAAGGCCCCUAGGGGAAUGGGGGGCAAGGGCCACCAUUUUUCUCAACCAUCUGACACUGGAGGUGGAGUUGAUGUGGUCAGCAUCGCGCUCCGGCCAGCCUGUUGCCCCCAGAAGGAUUAACCCCCCAGUACUCAUUUGGAAAGCAGGCUGAGUGGACCUGGGUGCCAUCUGGAAGGAAUUAGAGCAAGCUAUAUUUCUUGCCCCUACCUGGGAUUAAACCCUGGGACCUUCUGGUCAGGAGCUAGACACCCUUGCUGUCUGAGCUACCACGACUCCUAAUCUUAAAACAUAUAUUGUAGUCCUUAAAGAUUUGUGCUAAGGUGGAAGUGUCUCUAGGAAAGCCCUAGAGAAUCAGUCUUGGAAUACUAUUUGUUUUAUUUCGACUAAGAUUGUAUAACGUUUUUAUCAUUCUUGAUAUAGAAUAUCUUGUUGUCUAGUACAGUUUUUUUGUGAGCUGCCCUGGCUUUGUUGAAGCUGAUACCCUGGUUUCUCUCAAGAAAUUUUUGGAUGAGAUCCUUGGAUCAGUUAACUAGUAACUACCAAACUUGUUACAUAUAUUAAGUCAAAUGGUCUCCUUUCUUUUGCAAGAUUUUAUAUGUUCUUCUUCAGAUUAACCAGUUCCAUUGUAACGUGAGUUAACAUCUGUGCAAAGCAAGGUUUUAAAGCCAUGCUGUAUAUUCUAUAAAUUUUGCUCUCGGUAACCUUGUAACAUCUCAGAGUCCACCAGGCUGAAAUUAUUAAAUGAAGCAGCAUAAGCCUGGAAUUAUUCCAAAAGCAAUGAGAUUCCAAAUCCCUAAAGCUAUGUGACGGGGGGUGAUUAUGGCACAUAGCUUCAAUGUGCAUUGUACAAAGAGGAAACCAUCAGCUACAGAGGAGACCAUAGAGGAUGCUGGUGUGAGAUGUGCCAAAUAAAAAGCAUAUCCUGUUUCCGUUUAAAGAAGAGUCUUCUUUCUGUUAGGACCUGGAAAACAGGUCAGUGAAAGAUACAUACAACAAAGACUGAACAAAGAGUUGAUAUACAUCUUCAUCAGCUAGUGGCAAAAGAAGGUCAGUCUAAGACUUUCACCAGGCUGUAUUUGCUCUGCCCUGUGUACAGAUGGGUCUUAUGCUACUUCCUUACCUCGUUUUUUAAUUGACAUAUAAAAAAUGAAAUGUUCUGACUCUGUAAACAUGUUUUCCUAUUAUGAUACGUGGUUAUUUUUCGCUCUCCAACCCGCCUUCUCUGCCUGACCUUGGUAUUAAAGGGUAUUGAGCACAUUCAUCUGUUAUACAAUGAAUCUUUCCACCGUUCCGAUGCCAAGUUCCCUUAUCCUGAUUAUUUUUUUUCAAAUCUGCUCAUUUAAAAAGGAAGAUUUAGUUUGAAAGAUACUUGGCUUUGAGUAAGGUUUCCUUAGUAUUUCUGGGUUAAUGCAACAUUUGACACAAACAGGACUUUUUGAGAAAUUCCCUGCUCCGCUAAUGAGUUUAACAAAUGGGAGGAAAAACAAGCCCAUGAGAGAGAGCAGAAAUGUCUCAGGUUACAUUGCUUGAGGAGAUCACCCAGUGGAGUGUGGAGAUCUGUCAGCAGGAGCUCAGAUCUGUCUUGCCUAAGCUUCUCUCCAUAUAUCAUCACACUGCCGACUGGGAUGAAUAUAUCAGAGUCUUGAAAAUUCUCACCCAAAUGUUUUUACCUCAUCUGAGCCUUACAGAACUGGAGGGAGAGUUUUUCUCAAAGGUUCUACCCAAGGUUGUGAAGAUGUUUAAUGACUUGACGGAGGAGAUUUCUAACCAAGUAGGAGAGCUGUCCAGUCAAAAUAUUGAGCUGCGCGUGUUGCUGAGAAAUAUUUUGCAGAUCAUGGUACAGGUAUUGGAAGCCUUAUCUGGGUGUGUGCGUCACAUCUGUUCCUUUGAGGAGAAUCUUGCUUCCUUCGACAGUAUUCGCUCAUUACCUUCCUGCAUUCUGAAAAUCUUAAAGAACACUUUCCAGCACUGUAAGGAGAGUGAGACUGCAUACCAGGGGCGCUUGUCACUGGUGGCUGACCUACUACAGGCCCUCUUUAAGGAGGCCUACUCCCUUCAGAAGGGAUUCAUGGAGCUGCUGGAUAGAAUUUCCCUAGGGAACUCGGCCACUGAGGAGGAGGUCUCAGACAUGGUGACAGUGAUUCACAGUCUCUUGGAUAUAUGCUCAGUAAUUUCUAACUUGGACCUUGCAAUGCAUGCUAACACCUGGAAGUUUAUUGUCAAACAAAGUGUCAAGUAUCAGGUGCUGUUGGAAGACCAGCUGAGACACAGUGACAUUGUGUCCAGUUUGUGUGACGAUGUUCUUGCCUCUUUUCACUCCUGCAUGGAGCUUGCUGAGCAAAUGAAGCAGUCAGGAGUGCAGGAAUCUUCACAAAGUGCAGAGUGCAAGUUCUUCCAGAAAACAGCGAAAAUUUGUCGUUUUUUUGCCAACACAUUAGUGCAUUAUAUAAAGGAAUUCCAGCCUUUUUUGUCGAAAUCUUGUGGUCAGUUCCACCGCCUUUAUCUUCAGAUAUACAGCAAGUUUCCUCCCAGCCUGUCAUCUCCAGUGAUAUCUGAAAGGCACUGCAAUGAGAUCAGCAAUGUCCUGGUGCCAAUGGACCCUUUUAUCACACAGCUGCUUCCCUUCAGACCUUUUGCUGAAGCUGUUCUGGCAGAAGAGCAGCAAUCCUGUCCAGAGCUGUGUCUCCCACAGUGCCUCUUACUUGUGAACAUUUUAGGGAAACUGCCAUCUCUGCCAGAGGAUGUGCUUGAUCUCUGGUGCCAAGGAAGCCAGUUUCCAGAGGAAACGCCUAGGCUGUCUGUAUUCCAGGCCUUGUUCCUCAGUUUCCAGCGGUGUUCCUUGGAACGAGCCAUACCUAUUCUCUUGCCUGGGGUUAUGAUGAAUGGGCAGGCACAGAGCAAAGUCACUCUGUACCAACAUGUCUGCAUCCAGCUUUCUGCCUGCAUCGCUUCUCUUCCACCUGCACAUUUCUCACAGCUGGAGCACUCUCUGUUAGGGGCUCUACUCAGUUCGGAUGUCCAGACAGCUUUGCUUGCCACAGAUGUCUGGUGCUUUCUGGCGCGCUUUGGGACAGCAGAACUCUGUCAGCAUCAUGGGAUGAUCAUAGCUCAUCUGAUCAAGUCUUGUCCAGGGGACUGUUACCAGCUUUCACACCUGGCCUUGUUGCUGAGACGAAUGAUAUUCCUCAUGACGCCGAACCAUCAGGUUCAGUUCAUCUCCAAGUUCUCCCCCAAGGAGGCUGAGAAUUUGACCCUUUGGCAGCAUGUUCUACUGAAAGCCUUGUCGCUGGAUGUAAGAAAGCAGGUUGAAGAGGAUAUCAUGAAGUCCGCUACAGCUGUGUGCGCCAGCUGGAUGGAGGAGGGCUGCAAGCUGGGCCAGCUGGAGAAAGUGAAUACGGCACUUUCUGCUAUGCUGUCAGUUCGUCAAGGGUCAGGUCAGGUGUUGGAAUCCGAGGCUGAGCAGAGUGUCUCCAGACUGGUCACACAGCUUUGGCCACGCAUAUCAGUCAAACAGGUACUAACACAGCCUGCUCUUCAGUGUACUCUGCGCCCGCUCCUCUGUUUGUCUGCUACCGCAGUGCAGUGUAUAGAUCACCAAGUUAUAUGCCAGGCACUAACUUGUUUAACGUCACUCCUGCCUCUCAAAUGCCCUGAUGACAUUGUUUUGGCGGCACUGGAUCUUUUGGCAUCCUUGGGGAGAUUAUUUAUACCUCCAGAAAUUCAGAGCCAGGUCCUGCCCAAACUCUCCAGUCUCUUCUCAUCCCUGCUGGCUGAGGGAUCCUGGCUUCUCCACCAGUGCACACUGGAGGCGUUUGCUCAGUUUGCAGAGGUUACCAAUCAUGAACACGUAAUCCCUGAAAGUUUGGCAUCGGAAGAAACAAAAAAUAAAGUCGUAAAGUUCCUCAGCAAGGCUGUUCAUCUGGAGGAAAAUAAGGAGGAACGGCUUGAGAGACUGAAAUCGGAAAGAUGUGUUAUUGAGAGGCAUAGACACAGACUUGAAACGGGGGCAGUGGAAGUAACUGGUGAUGCAGAGCCCUGUCCCAAGCGACCUCGACAGGAGACCUGUGAAGAGGAGCAGUACGAAAUGGUUCUCCAGACCGCAGAAAAUGCGCUGAAAACUCUUCAGUCCCUAACAGAACAAACCCCACCACCACAAUGGGUAGCAGCCAGGCUACAGAGCCUGCAGACGCAGAUAACACACAUCAACCAGGUCAAGCUGAAAGGAACAUAGUGCAACUGGAAUGAAAGCACAUCUGUACAUUUUGUUUUUAAGUCAAUCUCAAUUGUGUUCAUUUUCAGGAAAAAUACUGUUUUGUGAUAUAUGUAUCAAACCUGCUUAUCUUGUAUUUACUUUUAACAGUUUUGCAUAGGAAAAGACAAUGUAAAUGCAAGUCUAUAAAACCAUUUUCAUUGUUUAUUAAAAUUUUCUAUUCAAGAACUGUAUGAUUUUUUUUCCCCCUAAGCAUAAUGUUUUCUUAACCCUGUUGUCUGGUUAAAGAUUAGUUUUCUGUUCAUUACUGUCUUCGCUUUAAAAAAAGAACUGGCCUUCAGCAGCAGAAGUUAAAAGUUGUUAUACUGUACAGUAAAUUCAGUUUUACAAGGAAGACAUCAAAAUUAAGUUUCAAAUUUAACUGCCAGAAUAGUUUAUUCUGUAAUGUUUUACUUGAACUAUAAGCAACAGUCUGUACAUUCUUAAAUGCUACACAUCAUAAACUGUUAGAAGUAUGUAGUGUUUUUUUUCUCCAGAAACUUGUACUGUUAAAG